AUGCCGACGAUUGGUGGGUUUGGCGACCGGUUCGUCGCUGUCGGCAAAGUUAUGAAAGGGAUGGAGUUCGCCAUAGAGAUUGGCAAUUUGGGACCUGAGGAAGAAAGAGUUCCCUUUAAGCAUAUAGUCAUCGCCGACUGCGCCCAUGAAGAGAAGAACUGCCCUACAAGUUCUCUUCCAGAUGCUCAAAAAUCAAGUCAGGUAAAUCUCAAUCACCUAAACACAAGAUAUAAACUUGAAGCUAAUCGGAAGCGCAACGAAGAUCCAAAUCUAGAUAGAAACAGAGAGGAGCGCUCUGCUCAAGUACUGAAACCCAAGGCUAGAGAUUACAAUCCUUCUGACUCUCGUGAUACACAUCACAAAGAUGAUCAUCGUAAUAGAUACGAUCGCAAAGGUGACUACUACUAUCAAUACCAAAGCUCGAACCAGAGGAGCGACAACCACCCUCGUUCUCAGUACCACAACAAAACAGGAUUUGGACAUGAGGAGAAUGCAUUUCGUCGUGAUUCUUCUCGUAUACGGUCUCAUUACAGGCCCCAAGAACGUACAAAUUAA